AUGAAAACGCAGCUCAGUGAAGCACUACAGAGGCUACAGAGGAUGCUACUACGUAUCCAGCCAUAUGUUGUCACGAUAACGUGGAGACCAGGCCCCAAAGUGAUGUAUGCUGACUACCUGUCAAGGAUAUGUCCGUCACAAGGCCCCGAGAUUGAGCUAGAACGCACAAUUCACCUCGUUCAGAUUACGAAUAAUCAGCUAAGCAAGCCACAUGAAGCCACAACGAGCGACGCUGGGCUCUCGGCUCUGAGAGAACAGGUGAUGAUUGGAUGGCCAGCGGAAGCAAGGCUGAUGCUGAAACUAAUACGUAGUUACUGGUCGAUGAGAGAUUACAUCUCAGUCGAGGAUGGAGUCCUAUACACAGUCAACAGGAUCAUAAUUCCAGCCUCGAUGCAGCCAGAAUUCCUGGAACGCAUACAUGCAGGACACCAAGGCAUCACCAAGUCACAGCUACGCGCCAAAGAGUCUGUGUACUGGCUAAACAUGUCGGACAUCGAGAAGUCGUGCAAUGACUGCCUCACGUGA